AUGACCAUUCCUCAGCAACGGCGGAAGUGGUACCAGAUUAAAUGGUUCGCAGACCAUGAUACAAAAGAAGACAGGCAACUCAUAUUAAAAUUGGACUUAUUGAUUGUUCCAUAUGCAUUUCUUACUUACUGGACGAAAUAUCUCGACCAGUCGAAUCUCAACAGCGCCUAUGUUUCCGGCAUGAAAGAAGAUUUGAACCUCGGAGGAAAUGAUCUUGUUCAUUUACAGACAAUGUACACUGUUGGAGCAGUGGUAGGCCAGGUGCCAUUUAUCUUCUUGUUCACAAAGAUUCCAAUGUUUUGGUUAAUUCCAUUUAUGGAUGUCGCCUGGGGUAUCUUUACGCUCCUUCAAUAUCGAGCUCAUUCAUACGCUGAGAUGGCCGCCUAUCGCUUCUUGGUUGGAUGGUUUGAGGCCGCCUACUAUCCCGCCGUGCAUUAUAUUUUCGGGUCUUGGUAUCGCGGUGAUGAAAUCUCUCGUCGCGGAGGAUGUUUCUACGUCGGAAACACAUUAGGUUCCAUGACAGCAAGUCUCAUCCAAGCAGGCGCAUCGGCCCGACUCGACGGUGUCAAUGGUCUUGCAGGCUGGAGAUGGAUGUAUAUCAUUUGUGCCAUCAUAACCAUCCCUAUCGCCAUCGGAGGUUUCUUCGUCCUUCCAGGUACUCCAGACAAACCGAACAAGCCUAUCCUCAAAGAAGACGAUAUCCAACGAGCUAAGAUAAGAUUGGAGAACGCCGCCCAUAAGGUUGACGAAGAGAAAUUCAGCUGGGCUAUGCUUAUCAGAGUUGGGCGUCAAUGGAAGUUCUGGGCUCUUCUCUGGUUGAAUAUUCUCUUCUGGAAUGCAAGCACCAACACUACUGCUGGUGGUUAUUCCCUAUGGCUGAAAAGUUUAAAUCGUUACUCAACAAGCCAUCUCAAUGACCUCGCGGCCAUUGCACCCGGGCUGGGGAUAUUUUAUACGUUGUUUAUAUGCUUCACUUCCGACUUAAUAUAUGGGCCUGCUUGGGCUAUCACUGUCUGCAAUACUUGGAACAUUAUCGGCUCUAUCAUUCUGGUUAUCUGGAAUGUUCCUGAAUCUGCGCUAUGGUUUGCCUUCUCCACCGUUUAUGUCUCUCUUGCACAGUCCAGUGUUCUCUACGGCUGGAUCAAUACACAGCUCCGCGCGUCACCGGUUGAGCGAGCUACGACUCUGGUUAUAACGAACAUGAUUGCACAGUCGACAACAGUCUGGACGCCUUUGCUCGUUUUCAAGACUGUCGAUGAGCCACGGUUUACGAAGGGAUACUCAUUUGUUUUGGCUUGCUCAAUAUCAAUGAUCCUAUUUACACAGAUUGUGAACUUUUUCUUCAAAAGAGAAAGGAAGAGAGAAGGACUUGCCAGUGGAGAAGAUCACAGUGCGAAUGGGUCUAUUAGUGCUCCUAACUCUAUCAACCUAGAAUCCGGAACUCAGAAAGAAACCGUGACUGGGAAAGAAGGUCAGGAAAAAGGCCUACAUGAAAAAUAG